CUGUGAGCAACAGUUUCAGCGAUAGCAAAAAAUAAAAUACGUAUUACAUUUCAGUCGCCUAUUUCUUCUGAAACUCAUGGACAUAAAAAAAAAUUUGAAGACUAAAAUAAUAAAUUUAAAUGUCAAUAUUAUAGUAAAAUGAGACAACAAAUAAAAUAAUCUUUAAAGAUUGUAAGAACUUUCAAACUUAUAGUGGAUACAGUUAUUACGUAAUCCUACGAAUAAGUGUGAAGCACAUAAUAAAGCUCAAAAAUUUUUAAGUAAUCCAAUAACUGAAACAAAUUAUAACAUUUGUUGCAACCUACAACAUAUCGUAAACAAUAUAAGUUGGUUUUAUCGUAUACUAUGAUGGUAUCAGGUUGGUUUUAAAAGCAAUUUGAAGAAGUGUAAAGAAUUUCUGGCUGUAAGAAGAUAAUUGUUGAAAACUUCAUGCUUAUGGCGAACAAUACUGACUUAGAUGUUAAAGACGACGGUGCUUAUAAUGGUUCGGGAAUAGGAAAUAGUGGUUCAGAAACAGUACACAUUCCAUCUCAUAGGAAACGCAUAGAAACUAUAGAAAUGUCUACGAUCAGUAAUACAAAUGAAAGCUUAACGUUGCCUACAUCAACCACAAUUUCAUCCUCUUCGUUAGUAACAAAAUUGAAGAACGAAACUGAACAGAUGCGAAACCAUAAUGGCUUACCGGAACGUGGUUCCUGGUCAUCAAAGCUAGACUUCAUAUUAUCUGUUGUGGGUCUUGCUAUCGGACUGGGAAAUGUUUGGCGGUUCCCAUAUCUAUGCUACAAAAAUGGGGGAGGGGCCUUCCUUAUACCAUAUUUCUUGACUCUAAUAUUGGCUGGGAUACCAAUGUUUUUUAUGGAAUUAGCGCUGGGACAAAUGCUAACAAUCGGAGGUCUGGGGGUUUUUAAAAUUGCUCCCAUAUUUAAAGGGAUUGGCUACGCUGCUGCUGUAAUGUCUUGUUGGAUGAACGUUUACUAUAUCGUAAUUCUGGCAUGGGCCGCUUUCUAUUUUUUCAUGUCUAUGAAAACAGAUGUGCCUUGGCGUUCUUGUAAUAACUUCUGGAAUACUGUAAAUUGUGUCAAUUCAUACGAACGCAACAAUUUAAUUUGCUAGGAGGAUUCUACUAAUGGAACAGUAAAAAAUAUUUGUUCWUUAACCUUAGCAAAUAUCACCACUUCAGAACUGACAGAUCCAGUUAAAGAAUUCUGGGAGUAAGUAUAUUCCUCUGCCUCUACUGAAG